AUGGAUCAACAUCAGAAUCAGCCUCAAGAUGGAGAGGGCAUUGGCAAAGGAGCUGCCAACCUUAGGCCACAACACCCACAGCGCCAAGCAAGAGCUAUUGGCACACAUGAUGAGCCCAAUAUCCAUGGGCAUAGAGCUGGCAUCAGAGCACCAGCUGUGGAAAACAACAACUUCGAGAUCAAGUCAAGCUUGAUAAACAUGAUCCAGAGCGACAAGUACCAUGGUCUUGCCUUGGAGGAUCCACUAGACCACUUGGAUAACUUUGAUAAGCUGUGUGGAACAACAAAGAUCAAUGGUGUCUCUGAAGAUGCAUUCAAGCUCAGGUUGUUUCCAUUCUCUUUGGGAGGCAAAGCUCACACAUGGGAGAAGAGCUUUUCAAGAGACUCAAUCACCACAUGGGAUGAAUGCAAGAAUGCUUUACUCAAUAAGUUCUUCUGUACUUCAAGAAUUUCUAAGCUAAGGAAUGAAAUCUCUGGAUUUCAUCAAAAGACUCUUGAAGGCUUUGGAGAAGCAUGGGAAAGGUUCAUCAGCUACAUCUCUCAAUGUCCUCAUCAUGGCUUCAAUAUGGAGAGUUUGCUUAGUACUUUCUACAGAGGUGCUUUGCCAAAGUUUAGAAGCCAACUUGAUACUGCUAGCAAUGGUUUGUUCUUGGGGAGAACUGAAGCAGAUGCUUUGGAGCUUCUAGAGAAUAUGGCUAAGAAUGAUUCAGUCUACAGUGAUGAGCCUGAUAGAAGCAACAUAGGCAGUGGAGGUGAUGAUACAAACACCAAGAAAGAGUUAAAAGCUUUACAAGACAAGCUGGAUAUGCUUCUCUUGGAUAGCAAGGAGACAAUGAAAUCCAUCACCCUUAGGAGUGGUAAACAGUUGCCUCCUAGAGAUCUCAUUAGGGAUAAUGAGAAUCAAGAUGGGGAGGUGGUCAUCAAUGUGGUUGAUGAUGUAGUUAUUGUGGAUGAGAAAACCAAUGUAGAGAUCUUGGAGAAGAUAGUUGAAGCUAAAGGAAAAGAAAAGUUGGAGAAGAGAAGAAGAUUCAAGAGACAACUUUUGGAGCAAUACAAGGCCUUGUUUGAGAAGCAAAUGAGUGAAGUUCAGAUUACUAUGCCCAUUAAUGAUGCCUUCAUGCUAGUGCCUCAGUACAUCAAGUUCCUCAAGGAUGCUGUAGCCAAGAAGAAGAAAGAGAUGGAAGGGAUGGUAGUUCUCACCCAUGAAUGCAGCGCCAUUAUACAUCGGCUAACCAUCCCCAAGAAGCUUGAAGAUCCAGAAAGUUUCACACUACCUUGUGCCAUUGGGCAAUUGGCUUUUGAAAAGUGUCUAUGUGAUUUGGGAGCAAGUGUGAGCCUUAUGCCUCUCUCCAUUGCUAAAAGGCUUGGGUUUACACAAUACAAGAAGUGUAGACUCUCUCUUGUGCUAGCUGAUCGCUCAGUGAAGAUUCUCAUUGGUAUCCUAGAAGAUCUCCCUGUUAUGGUUGGAAAUUGUGAGAUUCCUACAUAUUUUGUGGUGUUGGAGAUGGAUGAAGAACCAACAAAUCCUUUGAUAUUAGGGAGACCUUUCUUGACUACAACAGGAGCUGUUGUGAAUGUUAAGGAAGAGAAGAUUGAUCUUCAUCUUGGCAAAUAG